GGCCGGGUGGUGUAUGCACUCCAAUACUCCAAAGAUGACCCGUUGACCUAUCUCGGGGACACCGGGGCCGAGUCACAACGAGAGGUGUUGGUGGUCGUCAAGACGCCCAGGUUCUGGAGUCGACUGUUAGCAGGUGCUGACUUGGGCUUCGCCGAGUCGUAUAUGCUCCAGGACAUCGACUGCGAGGUGGACCAGCUGCUCAAGCUCUUUCAGCUGCUCUCCCAGCACCGCGGAGGCUUCCGUCGGAGCUGGCUUCAUCAGUUCGCCACAGGCGCGGCGCAGAUGCUGAAACGCAGCAACGACGUCGAGCAGGCGCAGAUCAACAUAUCUGCGCACUACGACACCUCGAACGUGCUCUUCGCCAACAUCCUCUCCCCGGACAUGAACUACUCCUGCGCGCACUGGUCCGCCGAACCCACCGAGACGCUCGAGACGGCGCAGCGCCGCAAGGUGCAGACCCUGCUGCGCAAGGCCCGGAUCUUGGCCGGCCACCACAUCCUCGACAUCGGCUGCGGCUGGGGAGACCUUAGCAUCCAGGCCGCGCUGACCCAUCCCGAAUGCCGCGUCACGGGGAUCACACUGUCGAGGGAGCAAAAAAGCUGGGCGGAGGCGCGAAUCCAGGCGGUGGGGCUGCAGGAUCGCGUGGAGAUUCUGUUCUGCGACUACCGCCAAGUGAGCCCACCGGGGGAUGGCGGGUAUUACGACCGCAUUAUCUCCGUGGGCAUGUUCGAGCACGUCGGCCGGGAGUAUUUGCCGGAAUACUUUGCGACAAUUUCGCGGCUGUUGGACCCCAAGCAUGGCAUCCUGGUGUUGGACGGGAUCACAGCCAUCAAUCGAAUCCACGGCCUCCAGGCGCGAUCAGACCUCUUCAUGCUUAAGUACAUCUUUCCCGGCGGCUAUCUUCCGACUAUCGGCAUGCUGCUCGAUCACAUCCACGAAGGCUCCGGCAAGAGUCUGGAGGUGACGUCGGCCGAAAGCUCAGGAUCGCACUAUGGCAAGUCGUUGCAGGUGUGGCGCGAGAAUUUCACGCGCAAUUGGGAGGCGAUCCGGGAGGACUACGAGAAAGAGAAUCCUUCUUGUACGGCAUUCGAGGUUGAGACCUUCCGACGGAAGUGGCUGUACUAUUUUGUCGUGGCGGAGACCAGCUUUCGGUUGCAGCUGUUGAACAAUUUCACUAUCACGGCGGCGCGGACGCCGGGUUCGGCGUUGAGCUAUGAGUCG